AGUUUCCAAUAAAUAAAAACAUUUUCAAAUUAGAAUCAAUACUAGUAACUAUUUUCCUACGAAAUUUUCGACUUCGCGUUUUGAAGAUGAUACGUUGAAGUAAUUUGUUUUUCUUCUUGUUCCAACAUGCUUAAAUGUAGUACUUCAACAAAAAUCAGUUCACAAAAAAUGAAAACAGACUCCGAAACAGUCAUUCUUUUUUAGUUUUGAGUGACUGACAUAAAAAUAAAAGUUUAGGCUGUGGAAAGAUUUAUGUUCACAGUAUGCAAUCGACUAAGCAGCUCAAUAAGGUUUGGUAGAAAUAUAAUGCAUUUAAUAUUUUACUAAUUGUUGUUUGUUAGUCUCUUUACGCAGUAUGAUAAUAAUAAAGAGAAUUGGAAUAUUUAUUACUACUAAAUUUACAUAUAUUUAGACGAAAACAUUUUAAACUUUUCCAUGCAGAAGAAAGACAUGCAUGGCAAUAUAUUUGUUGCAAACACUGCGUAGAAGUAAGUCAACAGUUCACCGCAUUAAAAACAGGUUACUCCUCUCCUCCACACAAAGAAAUAUGUCGUCUGGGCUACCUCUUCAAGAAGUGGUCAACACACUCGAAUCAUAUGCUUCAUCCUUAUUGGCUGAAAGUUGGGAUAACGUUGGAUUAUUAGUUGAACCUUCUGCGCCCAUGUUUGUUAAAAAACUUUUUCUAACGAAUGAUUUAACGGAGGGUGUGUUAACAGAGGCCGUGAUGAAAUCUGCUGACAUGGUACUGUCUUAUCAUCCGCCCUUGUUCGUGCCCUUUAAAAGAAUUGUGCAACAAAAAUGGAAGGAUCGUAUUAUUGUCAAAGCGUUGGAAAAUCGGAUUGCUAUAUACUCGCCCCAUACUUCCUAUGACGCAGUGAAAGGUGGAGUAAAUGAUUGGCUAAUCAGCUGUUUCCAUGGCAACGUGAAGCCAAUAACGCCAAAGAGUGAGGAAUCUGAAGACGGUGCAGGACGUAUCUGCGUGUUACACGAACCUCUAUUUCUAAAUGACGUCAUCAAAAAGUUAAAAUCUCAUUUGCAGUUAAAGCAUAUCAGAGUUGCUUUAUCACAACCAGAAAAUACAACGGUCUCAACAAUCGCGUCUUGCGCCGGUUCUGGUGCGAGCGUGUUGCGUGGUAUCCGUGCUGACGCGUUUAUCACUGGUGAAAUGUCACAUCACGACGUUUUGGACGCUGUGUCGAAUCAAACCAACGUGUUGCUAUGCGAGCAUUCAAAUUCUGAGAGAGGUUUUUUGAAAAUAUUAGCACCUGUAUUAAAGGACCUGCUAAAGGAGAAAGUGGAUGUGGUUGUGUCGGAAACAGAUCGAGACCCGCUAAAUGUCGUGUGAGUUACCCAAUGGUUUAUUAAAUAUCGUUGAUAAGCUAAGCACAGGUAAACUGCUCGAAGACGUAUGAAAUAUGAAUGUUGCUGCUUAAUGCUAGCUUGAUGUAUUAUCAUGAAAACAAUAACACUUAAUAGAAUAGAUUCUCUGUAACUUAAAACCUCGAAUAUCGAAGAACAAUUUAGACUGA